CUUUCCCAACCACCGCGACCGCCACCAUGGCUGCAACGCUUCCCAACGGCACCAGCGGCACCAACUCGACGCCCGACAUGGAGGAAGCGCUGUCGCCUCACCCCCUGCUGGAUGGAGAAGAUGGCCUCCCGCCCAUCGAGGACCGGACCGUGCUCGGAUACUUCGUUUUCAAGCAGGAAGUAAACCUCGAGGUCAACUUUCGAGAGCGACGCAUCGACGGCACGACGAAUAUUUUCAUUGUAACCUUUGCCGACAAGGCGGUCGACGAGGUCCUGCUAGACGCUGCCCAGUGCGAGAUCGACACGAACAAUAUCACGGUCACGGAGAUGCGAGAGGUCGACGGCGAGCCCGUGGAAGGUCAGAAGCGUAAGGUGGCUGCUGAAUACCACGAUCCCUACCAGAAGCUCGUGCAGCCCAAGGGCUGGAACCUGAGGGCCGACCACCACGACAUUCGCCGCAUCCGCGCUCGCUCCAUUUUUCACAGCCGCAAAUCCGACGUGCCCGCCGAAAAUAGAGGCUUCGAGGGCUUCACGCCGGCCUACGGCUCGCUCAAAGUGAACUUCCGACCCAGGGGGGAACAGGAACGACCAAGGUUGAUCAUAAGGAAGUCAAUGUCGAGUCUGGAUCCCGUGGAAAAGUCUCACAAGCAGUACAAGAUCAGCAUACCCUUUGUGACCAAGAACCCCAGAGACGGCCUGCACUUUGUUGGCGUUGAUCCGCUCGACAACCGAUUCACGCACAUGUACACUCGCCACUCGAUCCAACCGGGAACUGCGUGCUGCAUCUUCCCCUGCGUCGACGAUCACGGCGCUCGCUGCGACUGGAGGAUAUCCAUCAAGUAUCCGCGGACCCUGGGUGAUGCCCUCCAACAGGCUCUUGCGACGAAGAAGGAUGGCCCAUCUCACAACGGCGCGGACAAGUCGCAGGCCGACGGCCAUGACCUUCACUUCAAGCUCGCCGAGGAGGACAAGUUGCGAGAAAUGUCCGUUGUCUGUUCUGGCUUCCUUAUGGAGGAGACGGUUGAUCCCGAGGAUGACCACAAGAAAAUCAUGAUAUUCGAACCGGAGAAGCAGGUUUCCGUGCAAAAGCUUGGUUUUGCCAUCGGCCCGUUCGAGCACAUCAAUCUCUCGUCAGAGUCCCGAACCGAAGAGGACGAAGUGAAGCUUGGCAUGAGCGCACUGAAAAUCCACGCCUAUUGUUUACCUGGCCGAGCCGACUGGGUUCGCAACACUGCUGCCGCUUUGACUAUGGCUGCCGACUUCUUCACCUAUACCUUUGCCAAAUACCCCUUUGGCAACUUCAAGCUCUUGUUUCUGGAUGACAUGGUGGAGGACACGGUAGUAUUGCACUCUCUGGCCUUUGUCAGCAACCGGCUUUUGUAUCCCGAGGACAUCAUUGACCCGGAGAUCGAGACGACGAGGAAAGUCGUCCACACUCUUACGUCUCAAUGGAUUGGCAUCAACAUGAUUCCCAAUACGCGCAAGGACAUGUGGCUUGUGGUUGGCAUGGCGCACUUCAUGACGGAUCUAUUUAUGAAGAAGCUCUGUGGUAACAAUGACUACCGGUUUCGAUACAAAAUGAUGUCGGACAAGCUUGUCGAGUUGGAUGUCGACCGACCCUCACUGUCAGACCUGGGGCAGAACCUUCACUUGGGCGACUUUGAGAUGGAGUUCAUGGAACUCAAGGCACCAGUCGUCUUCUUUAUUCUCGACAAGCGGCUCAGCAAAGCAUCUGGCGGCCACGGAUUGACUCGCAUUUUGCAGAAGCAGUUGACCAGGGCCCAGAUUGAGGGCAGCGACAAAUUCCUCAUUCUCGACACUGAAAAAUUCAGGGCUACGUGCGAAAAGGCUGCCAAAUACCGCCUCGAGAGCUUCUGGAACCAGUGGGUGUAUGGCUCUGGCUGUCCGCGGUUCGAUGUCAAAGCGAAAUUCAACAAGAAGCGCCUUUGUGUCGAACUUAUGUUGAUACAGGUACAGCAUCAGACUAUCAAGAAGGUUGAGCUCAGCAAGGACCAGUUUUUGCGAGCGAUCAGGGAACGAAGGGCACACCUCAAGACCGGCGAAAUCCAACCGCUGUUUACUGGACCGAUGACUGUCCGGAUACACGAGGCCGACGGAACGCCGUAUGAGCACAUUCUGGAGAUUCGGGAAGAUGCCACACGGUCCACCAAGUUCGAGAUUCCUUACAACACCAAGUACAAACGCCUCAAGAGAACGCGCCGUAUGAAGGAGAAGCACAAUGCAGGUGCCAGCAUGGAGAUACCGGAAAACACCGACGACGCCCUUCUCUACUGCCUCGGGGAUGUUCUUCAAAGCCCAGAGGAUCUACGUGACUGGGAGCUGAUUGAGUGGGACCCAGAAACCGAGCGUAAGAUGGACCAGGAGUCCUACGAAUGGAUUCGAGUUGAUGCCGAUUUCGAGUGGGCAUGCAGCAUGAACAGGACUCUGGAGCCGUACAUGUACGUGUCCCAGCUGCAGCAAGACAGAGACGUUGUCGCCCAGCAAGAUGCGAUGCUCUACCUGUCCACUGGCCCGCUUCAUCCGAUCGCCUCUGGAUUCCUCGUGCGGACGCUUGUUGAUCGCCGCUACUUCCACGGUAUUCGAACCAUGGCGGCGAAAGCCCUCACCAGACAAGCCAACAUCAAAGACAUCCCGAUGCUGGGUCUGCGCCAACUCAUGCGCGCUUAUCGCGAGAUGUUCUGUUACGAUCAAACAAACCAGCCCAAGCCAAACGACUUCUCCGAUAAGAGACAGUAUAAUGUCCGAUGUUCGAUCAUCAGGGCCAUCGCUGAUGUCAGAGAUACCGCGGGCUACUGUCCUGUCGAGGCUCGACAGUUCAUUCUGGACCAAUUACUCUUCAAUAACAACGAAAACAAUCCGUUCUCCGAUCAUCACUACAUUGCUGUCCUUGUGGAAGCGUUGGCCACGUCUCUCAUUCCGACGCAGGCGGAUGAGUGGUUCAAACGCCAAGUCAAGAUACCUUCUGAUGAAGAACGUCACUUCCUUGAGCAGGCAUUGGAGCAGAUAGAACGAGUCCUUAGACGUGACGAGUGGACAAGCUCCUAUCAGAAUAUCUGGACCAUCGCAGGGUUGGAUGCGAAGCAGCGCCUCAUGAAGGCAGAGGUGAUACCAAUGGACUACGCCGACUUCGGACAAUAUUUGCUGGACGGAACGCAGGACCUUAUCCGCAUCAAGUGCUUCGAGGCUCUCAUCGACCUUGGAGCCCUGAUGGAUCCGACCUUCUUCACCUUCCUGUUCUACUCACUCAUGACGGAUCGAUCGCCCUUUGUCCGCGAUAAACUCAUCCAAGCGGUGGCUCGGGGCCUUGCUGCCAUUGCAUUCGGGGAACACUCAAAGGCCGUUAAGAACGAGCCUGCCUCGGAUGAAGCAGAUGCUUUGUUGCUUAUCCAGGAUAGCGCUGAAGAAGUGGCUGCCAGGAAGGAGAAGUUUGCUCGAAAGGAGAACCUGGAUGCGGCACUGAAGGCUCUCAGGAAGGAAAUGGAUGAGACGUAUGCUGCCGAUGAGAGGCACUACAGCACUGCCAUGCGCAAGGCGUUGGACCAUCCCGCUCUCGGACGGGCCGAAGUGGAAUCGCUCCUUGACCUGGCCGCCAUGAUGUUUGAAGAAGCGAGAAGCUGGGUACUCACCCUUAACUUGCCCAAGGGAUGGACGGUGGAGCGGCCCGCGCAGCAACUCUCGGAUCGGUUGAUCGUCAAGUUCAAGUCUUACUAUAAGACGAAGCCCAAGAGUGCAGCGCCUCCACCACGGCCCUCAAUCCCUGAGGCCAGGGUGCCUCUUCCAGCACCAAAGCCAUCGUCGAUUAAGAUCAGCACGAAGGCCGUACAUCAACCUUCACCGGCCCGGCCUGCCCCUUCUCCGAUUCCGACGUCUGCCAGUGACACUAUCGUUGCCGUGGGUCGUCCAACAAAUGGCACUGGUCCCGCUCCCAAACCAACCGUCAAGCCCGAGUCUCAAUCCGGUGUACUGGCCAAGCGGCCUCGACCAGAAAAGGCUGAUAAUAUCCCGUCAUCAAAGAGGCCCAAGGUUGAAGCAGAGCCAUCGAGUCUCGACAAGAUACCAACAGCUUCCCCGAGGAAGCGGCGCAUGGUCACUCUCAAGACCUCCAACCCGAAACGACUGGCGGUUAUCCUGGGCCAAACACCAACGCCGACACCCAAGAGUGCUUCAGCCACUCCUACCUCUUCCGGUAUCCUGGGUAGGACCGCGCUACCUUCGGGGGCACCAAAGGAGCAGAAUCCCUCGGGAUCAGUUAAGGACGCGAAUGGCCCAAAGCCCCCACGCAAGCCGCUUCCCUCUGGUGAGGUGAGAAAGCCUCUGCCAUCGGGCGGCUCGUCCUCGGGCUUUCCGCUCUCUCACGGCGGCACCGGCGUCUGCUCCUGCUCCUACUUCUGCUCCGGCAUCCGCUCAGGCGUCUGCUGCAGCACCUGCUCCAAGUGCACGCCCAAAAAUCAAAAUCAUUCGAAAGCCUCAACCGGCACAGCUUCCCCCUCCCUCUUGAAGCGCUGCUGA